ACUCCAUUUUCCAUUCUACUGUUCCAAUGGCCAAACUUGGUUUCAACCCAAUGCUUGUUCUUGUUGUGUCGGUCGUGACGGUGCUGCUCGGUCUCACCGCCACCGCCGUGCAUGCCCAGGGCACCCGCAUUGGCUUCUACUCUGCCUCUUGCCCUAGAGUCGAGUCCAUCAUUCGGUCCACCGUCCAGUCCCACUUUCGAUCCGACCCCACGAYCGCUCCUGGGCUGUUGAGAAUGCACUUCCACGACUGCUUCGUUCGAGGCUGCGAUGCUUCCGUCCUCAUUGCGGGCUCCGAUACCGAGAGAACGGCCGGGCCCAACCUUUCCCUAAAAGGGUUCGAGGUGAUCGAUGAUGCCAAGUCGCAGCUCGAAGCUGCCUGCCCCGGCGUCGUGUCUUGUGCUGACAUUCUUACACUGGCUGCCCGUGACUCUGUGGUUUUGACAAGUGGGAUAAGUUGGGGAGUGCCCACUGGACGAAGAGAUGGUACAGUUUCAGUGGCUUCAGAGGCCAAUGACCUGCCUGGAUUCACAGACUCAGUUGAUGUUCAGAAGAAGAAAUUCAGUGACAAGGGUCUCAACACCCAAGACCUUGUCACUCUUGUUGGUGGGCACACGAUCGGAACGACAGCAUGCCAGUUCUUCAGCUACAGGCUGUUCAACUUCACGACGACGGGGAACGGCGCCGACCCGACGAUAAACCCAUCGUUCCUGAGCCAACUGCAAGCGCUGUGCCCUCAAAAUGGGGACGGCUCCCGCAGAGUGGCACUGGACACGGGCAGCGCGAGCCGAUUCGACACGUCGUUCUUUUCGAACCUGAUGAACGGGCGCGGGAUCUUGGAGUCGGACCAGAUGCUGUGGACCGACGCCUCGACCCGCACCUUCGUCCAGCGCUUCCUCGGCCUCAGAGGCCUCUUGGGUCUCACCUUCAACGUCGAGUUCGGGAAAUCCAUGGUCAAGUUGGGCAACGUUGAGGUCAAGACUGGGUCUCAGGGUGAAAUUCGCAAAGUUUGCUCUGCAGUUAACUAAAAAGAUUACCACAAGAAUAUCAUCAAAAGUUGAUAGAAUUGGCCAAAAAUUGGUCUAGAUUUUAGUCAUUCAGUUUGAGUUUUGUUGUGUCUGUACUUUUCUCUUUAUUGAGAGAGAUAAAUAUUGCGAUGGAAGUGAAUGUAUACUUCUAUA